AUCAGCAAACGGAAUUUACACGCACUGCGUCAUGACGUCAAGCGUAGCUACUCAUUACCGGAAGUGUUAUGUGGCGUUGACAUACUAUCAAAAUGUCGGCCAUUUUCAACUUCCAGUCACUGUUGACGGUGAUUCUUCUCCUGAUCUGUACCUGUGCAUACAUUAGAUCUUUGGCUCCUAGCCUUCUGGACAAGAAUAAAACCGGGCUUCUAGGAAUUUUCUGGAAAUGUGCCAGAAUAGGUGAGAGGAAGAGUCCUUGGGUGGCCUGCUGCUGUGUCAUCAUGGCGUUUAGUAUACUAUUCCUACAGUAGUCAUGCUAAGAGGAAAAAGGACAUGAAAAUAUGGACAAUGAAUCCUGUUGUAAGAAGCACAGCGAGAAUGGGCUGUUGGAUAACGGACAAAUAGGGAUCUGCCGUGGACCACAGUACGUCCAUUCUUCUGUGGAUGUGGAUGUCUGUCCUUGUUCCACUUAUGAAACCGCGCACCGUCAGUGAGAAUUGAUAUUUGAAAAUGGAUUACUGGGAACAAACAAUGCUUGUCCAAAUAUCUCAAACAGUUCCCCAAAAUAAAUAUGGUGACUUUGUUUUCCAGAAAGCAUUUAUGUACUUUUUAAGAUUGUCCCACAGCCUUUUUGUGUCUUCACAAGACAUUGACAAUACAUAAACUAAAUUCUCUGCAAUCUCUGUCUCAAUAAUAGUAAACUCUGAAUUAUUUUAGCUGUUCAUAAUCAAUAGAUUGGAAUUUUAUAUCCAUGUUUGUAUGAUUUUAGCCAUAAUUGUUUUGAGAGGUUAGGAUAUUUCACAGAAGGGUCUAAGGGAUAAUGCAGAACAAUGUAAAGUGUUGUUGCCGUGAAAAAAGCUUUGUAGUAAUUUCUAUGCGACCUUCCUGUCAAUAGACUGAGCACAUGCCCUUUAAUUUAAGUCAUUGGUUGCCAUUGACGGCGUUAAACUUCCAAUCCAUUUUGACUGGGAGAGCACUCUCGGAUUAGUAUUCCACCAGUCAAUUUCAACCAGGCCUUGCAGUUUAAAUGUAUUUGAUGCCUAUCCUGGUCAAUAGAUGGCAUUAGUUAAAUUGUAUAUUAUUAUAAUUUUAAAAAUAAUACAAUAAAGACCUGGCAUCCACAUCUUUUGCGUCAUGUCGGCCACACAAUGAUAAUAUUGUGGCCUACGUGUGAUCUUCAUGUACAUGAACGCAAGGUUUUUAUGGGACAAACUUAAGGGUUGUACACUUUAAUGCCAUUCUUACACUCAUGAUAUUCAUACUCAAUAAACAAAUGAUAUGCAACACAAAUACUGUACCAGACUCAAUAAAUUUGUC